GACACCGCUGUCCCCUGCUCACUUCGGUGAUGGGUCAAAACGCAGAGGUCACAUUUCGUUAUGUGAGGUGGUGUGCUGUGUCACAAUGACAGGCAGUUCACUUUCACUUAAAAUUACAAAGGGAAUUAAACAGUUGUGGUUGUUUACAUUGCUAGUUAUUUGUGAUUUUAUAAAGAUCGAUUUCAGGCUGAACAUAAAAACAAACCAUACAUUUUGAUUGUAAUCAUUUAAAAAAAGCACUGUUACCCUACAAAUAUUGUUGAUCUUUUCUGUUUGGGCUGCAAGAUAAAAUAAUGGCGGUGCACAAUGAUGGCCUCCAAUAGGGAAAUACACCUGUGAUGUAUUUUUCCCCCAGCAAAAAGCAUCCUUAAAUUUCCACUCUGGACUGUGAGGAUGGUAAUGAAUGCAAACAGUAUUGUCAAUAUGCAGUGCGAAAUAGACUCAGUCAGACUAAAACCAAUAUCAUAAAAGCCACACAGAAAGGAUGUGUAAACCAGCACCUGUGUGUGUGUGUCCCCUAACCUGAAAACUGAUAGCCUUCCAUUUCUUCUAUUAGCUGUGGGUUCAGAUGUCUGCCGAGGCAUUCACGGUGAGGUCGGCUCACUGUAGCUCAUACAUGAAUCUGCUGUAAUCACCACAGACUCCUCCUCACCGGCGUAUAAACCCCUCUGUGCGGCCACUCCUCCUCUCACAGAACAUCAGCCUCCGGGACCUGACCACUGACACUGAAGAGGUGAUUAAAGAGAGCGAAGAGAGGCAGAGGUGCUGCGGACGAUUGUCAGAGGACAUUUAUGAUGCCAUUGGUUGACACACAGAUAUCAGAUACAAAAUGAGUUUCAAAGCUGCGUGCAUUUUCUUGCGAGGAGGAAAACACACUCCCAGGGAGCUGUCCGAUGAUGAGAUAGACGAGUUGCGUGAUGCAUUUAAUGAGUUCGAUAAGGACAAGGAUGGGCUCAUCAACUGUAAGGACCUGGGGAACUUAAUGAGGACCAUGGGUUACAUGCCCACAGAGAUGGAGCUGAUUGAACUGAGCCAGAAAAUCAACAUGAGCCUUGGCGGCAGCGUUGACUUUGAGGACUUUGUGGAACUAAUGACCCCGAAGCUUUAUUGUGUCAUAGAGCUACAUUCUAGCCUGGUCAUUGAGUACCACUGCCUUGUUGCAUCUAGUCAAUCGCAUUCUCUGUUUCAUGCGAGCCAAAAAAAAGACUAUCCUUUAACAGCCCCGUUCUCUUCUCUCCUUGUGAAGUUUGACAUGGAUGGAGAUGGUAAGAUCACGACAGAAGAGCUGCGGUUGACUAUGAUAAAGCUGAUGGGCGACCACAUGACUCCUCGGGAGAUAGACUCUAUCGUGAAGGAAGCCGAUGACAACGGAGAUGGCACAGUGGAUUUUGAAGAGUUCGUGGGAAUGAUGUCCCGUUAGUGAAUGAUGAAGUGCCCUGGACGUACCCCACCAUCAUAUAGCCCCGAUAUACUGGCAGGAUUUGAAGUAUUAGCCGUGUAUGCGCUACGUUGUAGCGCAUACAUUUUGGUCAUUUAGUUGUUAGCCUGUAAAAAAAAAGAUUCACAUUAAAAAGGAACUCGAAAGACACAAUUAAUCCUUAUUAAUUGUGAAAAACCCACAACUACCCUGUGAUGAAUCAGAUCAAACACUUUAAUGGUUUGAAAGCCGUAGUCAUUACGUUUACUUCACAAUUACUGUAUGUGUAUAGCUGAAAUGAAAAGACAUGACAUAUCUCAGAGGGAAUUAACCAUUUAAUAUUUUUCAUUUACUGAGACCUUCUUUUUUUUUACUGUGAAUAAAUAGUAACGACUGGUAUCGAAGGAAUAUUAUUUGCUUGAAUAUUCUGUAGCGAUUUGGAUCAUUGAUUUUUUGAUGUUGUUUUCUGACUUUGUUUGUGUAGGCAGAGAACAAAGUGAGAAUCUAACAAGGUAUUAAUAAACUUUUGAGUUUUUGGAGCCAUCAGAAAUGUCAUCUUUACAGUCCGCCUGCAUUUGAAACAUUAUAGGGGCUUAAGAACAAUACGACGGUAGGCCGUGCUCAGUAAAUGUAACUGUAAAACCUGAUGCUCCUUUGUGAUAACCUCCAAAAAAAAAAAAAAACAAACACGCAAAAUACGUCUCCUAUUUCACUUUAAAAAUUUAGGAGUAAUUACAACUAAUGAAUAAGUCGCGACUAAGCUUUUGAUAAAAGCUUUCGAUAGUAUUUCCUGUUUCCUGAUAGUUUGACACAGAAGACGUUUAUUUAUAGUAGUUGUAAGUAUGGGGGAAAAAAAACUGUUUAUUUAACAUCUGCAGUUAUAUCAUGUUAAAUUACUUUUCUUUUCAUCAUUAUAUAGAGUUUUCAGCUAGAAGAAUUCCUCCACUAGAGACACAUUUUAUGAGUAUUUGUAGAUAUAAAAUUGGAAGUUUGGCAGUUGCCAGUUGCUUUCGACGUAACUAUUUUUCGGAUUAAAUGACCCGGAUGACUGAGAACCUACACAGACAACAGAACAAGAAUGUUUUUUUUUUCACAUGUUCCAUGCUUAUUCAUUUAAAUAAAUAAUAAUAAAUACUAAUAUACUGUAGCAUCUGGUCACUUUGUCCUCCAGCAUCCUUCUUUUCUUUUUUUUUUUUUUUAUUUGUUUCCUCUGAGUUUUCGAUCUGUGUUGACCAACCUACUUCUGUUCCUGGACUAAAACCUCACUCAUGUUUUGGGCUUGGGCUACUUUUACUUUUCUUUGGAAUAAUCUAUAAAUAAUCUACUGGGUACAGAUCCUCUUUGGACUACUGACUCUUCCUUUGCCUAUGUUUGUAUAUUUGUCUAUUUUUUAAAUUAAAUUAAAUAAUAUGACUAUAUCUGGCUCUGCUUCGACUGCUCCCAGUGUAUGUGCCUUUUUUUUACACUAAGCAACAACAACAAAAAAAGGUGUUACUUAAAAGCACUGCGCACAUACAGUCAUAUUGUCAGAAAUGAAUCAUAUUAUAUCACAAAACCAUUUUUUCUUAUGGUAAUUUAGCUCAGUUGAGAUUUUUUUUAAAAUUUUGACUUUGAUUCAUACACAGUUUUAAAACCAUUAUACAUAUAUAUAUACAACUCGGAACCUUAUAUAUGGCUGUAAAACGUUCAACACAAUGACAGAUGGGAAGGAAGUGCUAAUAUAAUAAUUCCAUAUGUAGUGGUUUGCCAUCAGCAGACGGAUAGAUAGGGCCAAUUAGUGAAACAUAUUUUCUUUUUCAGAUGUGGAACCUCGGCAGAGACUUACCACACUAGUACUGCGGUCCCACCCCUUAAACGCUGCUGGCAAUCCCCCAGUUGUUUCCUCGGGAUUAACAACCCCUCCCUUCAUAAUUGUGACAGCUGGCCAAGUUAAAAGCAGCUGGAAAGGCUUAAUCAGGGCAUGACUGCAGUCCCUGAGGGCAUCAGCCCCAAUGUCCAUAGCUCUUGUACUGCCCAGCUGCCAGGUAUGCUGCAGCAACUAAUCAACCUGAGCUUAGUGCAGGUGUGGGCAAACUUUAUGACUGGCGGGGCACAAUUGUCCUAAAAUUGAACAGUGGGGCCGGGUCAGGAGCCGACAUGUAAAAGUCAUGCAUAAAGGGUAAAAUGUUAAAAUACUUUUAUCAUUUUCUACGCAGUCUAUUGGGAAAAUGUAUUGGAGGGAAAAGGCAGAAGUACAAUGAUAAUAUAAAUACAUUAUAUGUACAUAUAAUUUUAGAUUUAUAUAAGUUUGCCGGGCCGGAUUAAAAAGCUGAAUGGGCUGCAUUCGGCCCCCAGGCCUUAGUUUGCCCAUGCCUGGCUUAGUAUGUUCACUGCCAUUUCCCAUGAAAACCAAACCAAUUCUGUUUAUGGGCUUGAGAUCAGUAGCCCUGUCAUUACAUAACAUAAAGACGCUUAAAAAAAAUCUACCUGUUACAGCAUGCUCACUCACAGCCAGCCUGUUGGUGGCACUGUGUGGAUCUUGGUUUUGAAUUUUUUUUGCAGUGCCAUUAUCGGGUAUCUGUUUGUCCUGCACAUUUUUUUUUAUACUCUUUGCAAAAUCUUUACAUUCGUCUCCUGUUAACAAAACAUCUGUUAACACACUUUUUUAAGUGGUUCGUAAAAGUGGUUUUAAAUUUGACAUUGUAUAUUUAAGCAAAUGAGAAAACAUUUUCACUGGAAAGGCCUUGGUUAUUGCUUUUCUAAGUGCGGUUUUAUAAUGUGUAAACUGUAUUACAAAACCAGAAUCGAUAAGACUAAAAGAAAAAAACAAAUGAUGUAAUGCACUCUGGCCUGUCCUUUCCCUGAUCCCCUGCUGAUCCCUCUGACAUCCAGCAUUGAAGUUAUUGUAUUAAUCCACCAUAAUCUCUCUCUCUCUCUCUUUGACUCCAUUCUGAAAUAAGGCCAGCUUCCUGCUGUCAUGAACUCCAAAACUGACCUUCUGCAAUUAUCUCCCAACAUGAACUGUGAUCUUGCCUGGUCUUUGGUUCAUUGGUUCCUGUUUUUUUUUUUUUUUUUUCAGAAGUCCUGCUAAUCCUUCAUGGAAGUAAUAUCCAAUUGAGCUCCAGGCCUGAGGUCAACCUAAGAGCUAUACAAAAGACUGGCUCUUGGCUUUUCCUGUUUUCAUUUGUCUGUUAAGUUAUAUUAUAUAUUAUGUUACAUAUGCGCAGUUAGCUGGUUUCAUUUGGUUCAUAAAGCCAAACUGCCUUAGUUAAACCAUACAGAAAUAUAUAAAUUAUGUAUUUAUUGAACAUAUUUUUAAAUUCUCCUAAUUCCUCCUCUGAUAAAAUUACCUGAUUAAAUUAUAAUAUUGUACUUGUGGUUGAAUUAUACAUUAAUUAAUUAAUUUAAAAAAUCGAUAUAAUGUAUUUUUUCUUUUGUUUAAUAUUUAUAGAAAUGUAACUUAUUCACGA